AUGCGUUUCGGAAAGACCCUUCGCGAGUCAAUAUACCCGCCAUGGAAAGACAAGUAUGUCGACUAUGGCAAGCUCAAAAGCCUCCUGCGAGAGGAUAAAAGGGAUGACGAGACCGUGUGGACCGAGGAGGAUGAGAGCCGUUUCUGCGACGAAAUCUUCAAUGUCCAGCUUGAGAAGGUCGCUCAAUUCCAACAGGAGCGCUUCGAUGCUUUGAAGCAGAGAGUCGAUGAUACGUUUGAGAAGCUCAAGGAACUUGCCCCUCCCGAGUCUGGCGCCGACGCCGGUGCUGCCGAAGGUAGCAGCAAGGCUGGCUUAGCUCGCGAAGAGCUGGCCCCAAAGCUCAAGGAUCUCGAGAAAGAGCUUGACGAGAUCACCAAUGAGGUCAAGAGCCUGAAGAAGUACAGCAACAUCAACUACACCAGCUUCCUCAAGAUUGUCAAGAAGCAUGACCGAAAGAGGGGUGAUCGCUACAAAGUGCGGCCGAUGAUGCAGCUCAGCUUGGCUCAGCGCCCCUUCAACUCGGAGCAGGGCUACUCGCCUCUCCUGAAUAAGCUGUCCGUCAUGUAUUUUGCCAUUCGACAGCAAUUGGAGGAGGGCGAUCAGGCACCGGUCGAUUUCGAGGCGUCGUCAGAGACGCACAACGGCGAGCGAUACACAGCUCACAAGUUCUGGGUGCACCCCGAUAACUUACUCGAAGUCAAGACGUUAAUCCUGCGUCGACUCCCCGCCCUCGUCUACAGCGAAAAGUCCGCCAAGGAGCUCGACGGCUCUGACUCACCUUCCAUCACCUCGCUCUAUUUCGAUAACUCCAAGUUCGAGGUAUACUCUGAAAAGGUUGAACAACAGUCGGAAGUGACUUCUUUACGUUUGCGAUGGUACGGCCAACUGAGUACCAAGCCAGAAAUCUUUGUUGAGCAAAAAGCGGCCGAUGCCAGCGGCAAGAGCGAAGAGUACAAGUUCACGAUCAAGGACAAAUAUAUUAAGCAAUUCCUGAAUGGAGAGUACUCGACGGAAAAGGCAGUCCAAAAGAUGGAGAGACUGGGCGAGACCCCAGAGGCGAUUGAAGCUUUCAAGUCGACUGUUGCCAGGGUCCAGGAGUAUCAACAGAGGAGAAAGUUGAUGCCAGUGCUGAGAGCCAACUAUGUCCGCACCGCAUUCCAGAAGCCUGCUGAUGACCGCGUCCGCAUCUCUAUCGACACCGACCUCGCUUUUAUCCGCGAGGACACCUUGGACAAGAGCCGACCUUGCCGAGACCCCAAUGAGUGGCACCGAACUGAUAUCGACAACAGCAACAUGAAGUAUCCCUUCCAAAACAUCAACCAGAGCGAGGUUUCCAAGUUUCCCUACGCUGUCCUGGAGAUCAAGUUGAAGGAGGACGGCAACCGCAAGCGGCCAUCCUGGGUUGAGGAUCUGAUGGGCUCACAUCUGGUGCACCCAACUCCUCGUUUCUCCAAGUUCGUCCACGGCGUCGCCUCUCUGUUCGAUGACUACGUGAACAACCUGCCCUUUUGGCUUGGUGAUCUCGAGACCGAUAUCCGCAAGGACCCACAGAAGGCGUUUGAAGAGGAGGAGCAGCGCCGGGCUCAGCGCGCCGAUGACGCUAUGGCCGUCGGAAGUCUUAUCGGAACGGUGCCAAGCUCUUACAAGGCGGCACAAAGCUCACCUCCUCCCCAAGGCCAGGAAGAAGAAGGCGAGGGCAGUUCCCAAGCGCAAACAGGUUACGGCACUCUGUCAUCCGUUCUUCCAGGCCUAUCCCUCUCCAAAUAUGCCAUUGCUAAGCGAGCUCAAGCUCGUCUCCCUGAGGGCGUGGUGGAACCUUCACAGUGGAUCAAGAACACGGGAGAGCUCAAGGUCGAGCCCAAGGUGUGGCUGGCCAACGAACGAACAUUCCUCAAGUGGCAGCAUAUUGCGAUCCUGCAAGGCACUCUGGCUCUUGCGCUGUACUCGGCUGCUGGAGACAAUGCGAUUGCACAGUGGAUUGGAAUUACGUAUAUUGCCAUUGCAGGAUUUGCGGGCAUAUGGGGCUACAGCAUCCUGCAAUCUCGCCGAACUAUGAUUAUGGAGAGGAGCGGCAAAGACUUUGAUAACAUGGUUGGGCCGAUUAUCAUCAGCGUGGCCAUGAUGGUUGCGCUGAUUGUCAAUUUCAUUCUUCAGUAUCAAAAGGCCUUUGCCAAGAUGAAGAAUGGCCACCUCGGUGUAUCGAUUACGGACGAGUUGUGA